GCAGCCGAGGCCGAGGCCAUGGGGUGCCAUUGAAAGAAGGGCGAAGUGCGGGGGCCGUAGUUUUGCGCAGCGGUGGUGGAGAUGGCGUCUUCGUGCGGAGCUGCAGCGACGACAAUGCUGGCGCAGUCGACAGCAGGGCUCGCGGCGCUGGGGUUCUCGGCCUCGAGCGUGAAUGUGCCGACGCCCGCGGGCUUCAGCGGGCUGCGGGCGCUCGCGCCGCUGAAGAAGAAUGCGCUCGUCGCAGGCCGAAAUGCGCACAAAUGCGCCGGCGUGGUGAUGGCCGCCGUGGCCAUUCCCGUCAUCACCUUCGAUGGCGCCUCGGCCGGCGAGCAGACGAUCAGCCUGAAAUCCGCGCGCCCUGAGACGGCCGGGGCCGUGGUGCACCGAGGCGUAAUUACCGAGCUUCAGAACCGCAGGCGUGGAACGGCCUCGACCUUGACUCGCUCCGAGGUGCGGGGCGGAGGCCGCAAGCCUUUCAAGCAAAAGGGCACCGGGCAGGCGCGUCGCGGUUCUCAGAGGACCCCUCUGCGCCCCGGAGGAGGUGUGGUGUUCGGGCCCAAGCCCGUGGAUUGGCGCAUCAAGAUCAACAAGAAGGAGAAGCAGUUGGCCAUCAGCACUGCCCUCCAGAGCGCCGCCGUGGACGCGCUGGUGGUGGAUGAUCUCGAGACCGGGCUCACCGCCCCGAAGACCAAGGAAUUCCUGGCCGCCUUGAAGCGGUGGGGCGUGAGCCCUGCUCAGUACUCGGUUAUUUUCACCACGGAGGUUUCCAAAGAGCUGGAGCUGUCGAGCCGGAACAUCAAGACCGUGAAGAUUCUGACUCCGCGCUCUCUGAAUCUCUACGACGUUUUGAGGGCCGACAAGCUCCUAUUUACCAAAGCCGGCUUGGAGUAUUUGAACAACACGUACGGUGCUGAAGACUAUGCCGAUUUUGAGGAAGGCGAUAUUAUCGAGACCCAGGCCGAAGACGCUGCCACGGUGGCCGAUGUAGAAUGAACCAUUCCUUCUUUCCAGUGUUAGUAACUAAGUUAAAGACCCGACGAACUUGUACGCUAGCCAGUCUUUGUACUUUUGCAGGAACGCGCUUCAUGUCGGUUUUAAAAGGCUGGAUUAUUUCUCCUCCUGGUCGCUGGCCCUUCUUCCACACUUUGCAGUUAGGAUUCCCACACUCCGUAUGUAAGUUAAAUGAUUCAUACCAGCACCAGCUAGGAACUUUACCUUCGGCUACAUCAAAAUCAGGAGGAGAGCAAUUUAGGUACUUUCCAGCAAUGGCUGUACAUCUUAGGAUCGUAAAAGAUUUUUGAAUUGAAGUCAGAUACGGUUCAUUGAAUGGGAUGGCAUUUUUAAAUGACGAAGAAAUUCGGUACCCGUCGAAGCAUUGAACUAUAUGUCUGUCUCUGACCUGAACCCUCGUCUGUAACUAAUGGACCCGAAAACCAAAUUCACAUAUCUUUCUGUAUGUACCGGCUUCUCGACGUGUUCCGACAUUGAUGACCUCUUUUCCUGAAUUUUUUUCUCUUCACGUCGAAUUCAUGCGAAGCUUGUUUGUUAUCCGGGAAUGUUUACUCAUC